GACAAAACAAGCGCACCUUGUGGAACGACAAUCGCUUUCAACUACAGAAGCUCAUGGGCUACUGAUAGCUUCACGUUAUUCAUCUCAGUCUUGGUCUUUUAUAUCGACACACACCGAUAAUAGCUGUAUUUGUUCGUGUGCGUCACGGCAGAGCUACGUAGAGUGAGGGAACCACCUUUGACCUGCUGAUGAAAAGUGGACAUCAGAUUAGAAGCAGUUGCAUUGAAUAUGUUUGGAGCAGUGGUGGUUGGUAUCGGCACAGCAGGUUGGGUGAGGAUUAGAGACAUGUUAGCUCCAGCGCUUGGCAGUCCUGCUGAGAAACUUGCUGUCAAAGGAUUCAUAUCCAGGAGAAGCUUGGACAGUCAGCAGGGAGUGAGCCAGAUCUCAGUGGACAUGGCCAUAAGCAGAGAAGACAUUCAUGUGGUGUUCAUUUGCACUGAGAAUGUGUCCCAUGAAGACAGUGUCAGAAUGUUUCUACAGGCAGGGAAACAUGUCUGUGUUGAGUAUCCCAUGACCAUGAACUACAGCGCUGCUGUGGAACUCUAUGAUUUAGCGGAGGAAAAAGGUUUGAUUCUCCAUGAAGAACACAUAGAGCUGCUGACAGAAGAUUACAAAGAACUGAAGAAAACGGUAGAUGGAAAAGUCCUGCAGGAAGGAAGUCUUCAUUUUACUGGUGGCGCUCUGAAGCCUGGAUUUGGUUUCCUAGCAUUCAGUGGUAUUGCUCGCCUCACCUGGUUGGUUGAUUUGUUUGGUGAGCUGUCUGUAACUGCCGCAACCAUGGAGGAGGACGUUCCUAAUAGCUACAGCAAGAUGACGGCAAGACUACUAACUUCUGACAACAGACCUCUGAUGUGGAUUGAGGAACGGGGACCAGGCCUCCCCAGGGCUAAGAACAUCAACUUUCACUUUGACUCUUGCACUUUGACUCAAAUCCCUCCUGCACCCAGAGGAGCUGUGGGCCUCUUCAUGCAAGACCUGAUCCACUUCUCUGCCAAGCUGGCAGGCCAAGUGAAUCCUGUGGAGCUGCGGAAAGAGAAAGUCCGAAUCCUGCACUGCUUGGAACUGGCAGAGAGGAUAAAACAACUUUGCCAGAAUUAAAUGGGUCUGUCCAGUUUCUAACCAUCAUCUUAUUUAUCUUGAAUUUCUUUGUUUUUCACCUCGAUGCCCUUUAAGUUUUGUACUGGCUGUAAAAAACUUAAAAUAAUUAUUAGUUUAUCAUACCAAUGAAUAUUAGUAUUUACUACUCAUCUAAAGUGGAGCAAUUUAAUUACUAUUUAUUACUCGUCUAAAGCGGAGCAAUUGAAUUGAAUAAUACAUGCUAGCAUCAUAUAGAGCAGGUCUGCGGUAUCCAGCAAGGAUUUAUCAGCUACGCUUAUUGUGCCAUCUUGGACAUAAUUAUUACCUUGAUCAAACAACCGCCUUAUAUUUAAUGUUUUUCUUUUUCCAAUAGCAAUUGUUUUUACAUUCUAAAUGAAAUAUAUUGCUACCUGGCCUGCUGGAAAAGUUUUUAUUUACUCUCCUGCCACUGUGACACUUGUUUCAACCUUCCAAGGCAGUGACAUCUCAAGCACUCUACCCCAUUCAGACUGAUACAGUGACACUGGGGGUCAGUGCUCAGACACUGACCCUCCAUCACCACUUUGGGCUUCAGUUUAGCUUUGAGAUUGCCAGGUUUCUGUACAGUAGCAUUUCAUUUCUACCAGGAGCACACAGUGAUUCAGCAAUACUGAGCAUGAUUUAAAUCUUUAGUCUGAUUUGAUGGGUGUCCUCUCUAAAUUGCCAGAUUCACCUCUUUCCAUUGAUAUUCACGUCAUCCACUAUAAACUGAAUAAAAAUCGGAACUUUACAAAAAUUAAUUAAACUUAAACUGCAUAGAAAUCAUGAAAUAUGUCAAAACACAGAUUUAGAUAAAUAACACUCAAAGCCGUGUGUUUAUAUGAAGUUUCUGCUGUAAAAUAUGCCAGAGCUCCAGGGUUCCAAAGAUGCUUGGGUUUUGUCAGUUGGCUGGCCAGCUUUCUAUUCAUUUCCAUGGGGAUUUUGAAUGUAGUUCUUAAGAAUUUUGCAAAAACACGUACAAUGAAAGCACAUCAUUCCUGAUCAAGCCACACAUUUUAUUUUAUUGUAAUAAUUUGUAUGUUUUUUUCUCAAAGCUGAGGAAUAAGUUAGGUGCUGAAAAUCAUAUUGGAAGAAUUUAUAAUGAGAAUAUGUCAGUUAAUCACUGUGUGCAAUGGGAGUCACAAGUCACAAGACUAAUUUUACUAAUUGAGGGAGGAGUGUUGUUGCUUUUAUUGACUUAUCAUUGUAUUAAAUGAAUAUUUGUGCCUCCAAA